AUGACAAUUGAUACAAAUCCUAAUGCAGAAAAAUUAGCUGGAUGGGCUGUUAGUGGUGAUGAAGAUAAUUCAAGAGCUAAAAUUCUUUAUUUAACAGAUGGAUUAUUGAAAGAACGUUUACUCAAUGAUGCAAAUUUUAUUACAAAUCAUACACUUGCUAAUAAAUCGAUCGUGCUUUUUGUGGAUGAAGUGCACGAAAGAUCUGUUAAUAUUGAUCUUUGUUUAGCAUUAAUAGCUCGUAUGCUUACUGAUAAUCGAGCGUUAUCAUCAAGAAUCAAAGUUAUUAUUUCAUCUGCUACACUACAUCCAUCUGUACCAAAACUUUUUCAAAGUAUAAAAAAUGUUAAAUUUUCAGAAUUUACAAGUCCAACUAUGGGCACUCUGCAUCUUGUAAAACCGAUUCAAAGGCCAAACGCAAACAUAAUAAAUAUUGUACAAGAGUUAUAUAACAAACGAGAAAGACAAGAUCAAAUAUUAUGUUUUGUUAAUUCAGUUUCAGAAGUUAAUCAAUGUUGUCGUUUAUUAGCUGAAAUAAGUCAAAAAACAGUUGUUGCUUAUCCAUUAGUUCAAUCUCAAUCGUCUUCUACUCAAAAAGAAUAUCUUCGAAAAGGAAGUGUUUUCUUUUCAACAACAGUUGCUGAAACUUCUUUAACAUUUCCAUCAUUGAAAUAUGUGAUUGAUACUGGUAUGAUUAAUAUUCCUGUUUUUGAUAUUGGAACUCAACGAAUGAUAUUGAAAGAAGUUCAUGCAGCUGAAUCAACAAUAAAACAACGUUAUGGACGUUUAGGAAGAACACAGCCUGGAGAAUAUUAUGCUUUGUAUGAUUUUGAUCCUAAAACUAAACCAUUUCCGGUACCACAAAUAUGUCAAUCGGAUUUAAUUAGUAUUGAAUUUUCAUUGCGAAAAUCCCCAUUGAAAAAUGGAUUAGAUUAUAUGAAACAAUUUUUACCCGAACAACCCAAACGAGAAGCUAUUUUUUAUACCACGCAGGAAUUAAUACGAAUGCAAGUUUUGAAGGAAAGUUCCAAUGAAUUGACAACCUAUGGUAAAUUACUUGCUAAAUUACCUGAUUUUGGUUCUUUGCCUAUGGCACAAUGUGUAUUAGCUGCUCUUCGAAAAUACAAUUGCGGACGCGAUUUGAUUUGUCUUGCAUCUAUUCUAAGUGUUUUAAAUACAACAAAUCUAUUAACACAAAUACCACCACGUUUUAAAAGUUCUGAUGGUGAUUUUAUGACACUUCUAAAUGUAAUGAAUGAAAUUUUAUUAAUUAAGAAAUCUGUUCCAGCACGAUCAUUCAUAUUAGCACGUGUCUGUGAUGUGAAAGGUCUUAGUCAUAUAAGACAUGUUAUUGGACAAGCAUUAAGACGAUAUGAUACUUUAGAAAAAUCAUUUGAUCUUUCAAAUGAUUAUCGUGAACAAGCUCAAAUUCAAUGUGGCAAUUGGGUAUUAAUAGCAAAAUCAUUAUUAGCAGGUUAUUCUGAUAAUGUCUUUGUUUCUAAAAGAGAUUUACAAGAUCGAACUCAUCAUUUUCUACGUUAUGGUAAUGCAAAUGAUACAGCUGUUUUAGAUUUAAAAUCAACAUUAAUACAACCGAUAAGUCAACCACCUGUAUCUCUUGUCGUAGCGCGAAAUAUUCUUUAUUUGAGUUCAGUUCGUCUAAUAGCUAUAAUUUCAUUCUUAGGAAAAAUAAAAGCUGAUUGGAUUGAACAUGAUGUUGAAAGACAUAUAAAAUUAAAUGAAACCGAAGAAAAUUUUCUUAAAGCUAAUAAUGGAUAUUCAACUGCAAGAACAAUCUUUUCCAACACCGUUCGGAUGGGAUUAAAUAAUAGACUUCUUAGUUUAACUGGAACGGCAGGUGUUACACUCAAAAGUGAAUUAUAUCUACUUCAACAAUUAAUUGUUCAGCAGACAUUUUCGUUACAAAAUAAUAAUACAAAAGAUUCAACAGCAUAUAAGAACUUAUCACAAAAUUUAUUCAGUGUCACGAAAAUGACUCAAAUAUUUAAUCCAAUGAUUCGGAGAUGGGCAGCUCAAAAACAAGUUACAAUAACAGUAAAUAGUAAUGCAGCCACUAAAACGUGUGAUAUAACAGUGAAAGGACGAGAUUCGGAAAUUAGAAAAGUCAAAGAAGAAUUCGAUUCAUUUUUAGGUUGGUUAAAAAUGUGUGCUGUUGUUAGACAUCCAAAUUCAGGUGUUUCUCCACGUCUUCUUCGUGCUCAAGUGCGUGCUAAUUGUGAAGAUAUUGAGGAAAGAAUUUCUCAUAUUACAGAUCCUAAACGAAUAUACAUUGAUUUGUAUAAUAAUGUUAAGAGCUCAACAGCAACACGUGAAACACGAAUGGAAGUUGUUGCUUGGGUAGCUGUUUGUAAAUUUAAUUGUAAAUUAGAAGGUGGUUUUGUUCGAGAUUGGGUUGUUGGAAAAUAUGUAACACGACCAGCUAUUGCAAAUCCAAAGGACUGGAUUGAAUAUAAGGCAAAUCAUCACGGCGUAAAUAUUCCUUAUAUGAAUAGACAAGUUGUUCCAGCUGAUUUAGACUGUCAUUUACCAACAUACGGUUCAUUUGAUAUUGAGAAAUUUCAAGAUGAACUUCAUAAAUUUGGUAUGAAGUGCGAAUGUUAUCGAGAAGAAUGGAGAUAUGUUUUAUUAAUUGAUGAAGGUGUUCGAACAGGACCAUUUACUAUGGAUCUAAUUGAACCACAUGUUGCAUUAACACACGAUCGUAUUGAUUUUGAUGUUAGUAAUUUAGUGUUGGAAAAAAACUAUACACGUGACCUAGGAAUGCGUAUUGAUAUUCAACAAAAACCCUACUCAAUUGAACUUGAAACAAUUAUUAAUAAUAUCAAAAAUAAACAGUUUUAUGUUCUUCGUAGUAUUGACAGUAAACUCACUGAACGUAUUGAAAAAAUGACAAAAAUUCGUCAUUGGAAACAAUUAGAGCCAACAUUCAAUAUUUUACCAAAUCCACCUUUAAAAUGUAAUGCACUUCUUGUACCAUUACAUUAUACAAGUAUUACAUAUCAAGCUCUAUUAAAACAAAUGCAACUAAUCAAUCCUUACAUAGAAAUAAAAUCUAUUGAAGAAAUUAAAAAUCCAUAUUUGGAAGAGAUCUAUGAAGGUAUGAAAAAAGUAAUUAGUACACAAUGUCAGGGAUUUAAUCCACAUGAACGUGAACUUUUUCAUGGUACAAGUGGUGAUGGAAUUAAGGGAAUAACUGAAUAUGGUUUUGAUGAUCGAUUUUAUAAUCCAGAUGGAGCUUGGGGUCAUGGUGCUUAUUUCGCUGAUGAUCCUCGAAAAUCGCAUCAAUACACAAAUCCUGUUGCAGCAGAUGAAACACGCGUCAUAUUUUAUAAUAAAGUACUAUUGGGCAAUGAAUCAAUCUGUUCAGCCGCCGAUAACUCAUUAGUAUCUGCACCAAAAGGUUAUCAUUCAAUCCAAGGAACGGCAUUUACAUAUAAGGAAUACAUAGUCUAUCGCUAUGGUCAGGCGAGACCUUAUUUAAAAGUCACUUAUAAACCUUAA